AUGGAGCGCCCGAUUUGGUCGAGCUUUGCGUGCCUUUGCAACGAAGCAGCGCCGUGGGACGCUGACACGCGACUGGCAGACACGAUCGUGGAAGGUCAAUUGGUGCACCAGCGUCGAGUGAGCCGCAAAUGUUCCUUCUAUGACUUGGCGUCGAUACCCAUGGGACCAACUGGUCAGCGCGAGCGACUGGAAGUGAUCCUCAAGAUCAUUGACGACGAAUUGUCCAUCGACGAGCUCGACGCUAUUCGAUACCGAGUCAAACUUGGCGACAUUGUGCGUGUCCGGGGGUUCCUCGAGCGGCUCGAAGACAAGGCGUCGAUUUUAGUGCAUGCGCGCGAUAUUACUGUCGUUCGGGCGUGGAAAGAAGAGCACCCGGGCAUGACAUUCCUUCCGCUGCCAUCAUCAGUACCUAUCGGUUCAGGUAAAGGGCAACCGCAGUCGCUUGAUCAAGUAACCGAAGACAGCAGUGCUGGCCGCGAGGCGGUAGCAACCACCAGUAAGGAGCACGUCACGACUCGAGGCAUAGUCAACCGGGUGCACUGCAAGUUCUGGAUCAACUCGAAAACCUGUCAACACGGUGACAAGUGCGAGUUUUUCCAUGUCGGCCAUGCCGAGCGCAAAAAGGAGCAUACCCGGUGGCUCGUCGACCGACUGCAGCUCAAGCGCGUUCGAGCUCAGAUCGAUCACGACCCGUUCGAUCCUCACGGGAAAACUGGCAAGCAGCAACGUGCACAAGUGUUUGUCAAGUGGCUCGUUGAGACGUUUGGCGCACCGUUUCUCGCGACAGGAAAAGGCGUCGUCGAUAUCGCAGGAGGACGAGGCAACGUGUCGUUCGAGCUGUGGAACAAGCGGAGACUCCCUUGUACUUUGGUCGAACCGCGUCCGAUGAAGCUGACAAAGCAACAGCACAGAUACUUGCACAAGCAAAAGAAGACACAGGCGCAGCAUGGCGACCCCAACGCACCUCUUACCGAAUCGCUUGUUCCGCAAGUGACGGCACUUUUCAACAUGGACACGUUUCUGGAGCGAGCCGAACACGUUGAGCUCAUCACGCAGGCGUCGCUUCUUCUCGGCGUGCACCCCGACGAAGCCACUGACUCGAUCGUUGAGGUUGCCAUCAAGUUCAAUAAGCCGUUUGCGAUCGUUCCCUGCUGUGUGUUCGGCCAAAAGUUUCCCAACCGCCGACUCGCCGAUGGAAGCAAAGUCGUGUCAUACGGCGACUUGAUUGAGUAUCUUGUUGCAAAGCAUCCGACGAUUGAUAAAGCUUUUCUGCCGUUUGAUGGGAAAAACUUGGUGCUCUUUCGCCGACCACAGUCCAUCGGGUAG